UCUGGAGACGAGCAGUGGACGGAUCCUGGUCUAAGGGCAGAAAACCGACAGAAUAUGCUGGAUCUGAGAACAAUCGGAAAGGUGUACUUCCUCCUGCAACUUCUUCAAGGCACUGUGUCGAAUGAGUGGAGAGCUGAAACACCAUCAGAUGUGACAGCACAGAGAGGUUUGUGUGCCCGGAUUACAUGCCACUACCAUUAUCCAACAAGUUUAGAUGGGAAUUCAAGGACUGGUAUCUGGUAUAACAGUGAAAAACAGGAAAAUCAUCAUAUCGCCUUUCACUCCAGAGAUCACAGUCAGGAGAUGCAGAAGUUUCAGUCUCGGACCCGUCUGUCUGGAGACUUGAAAGACGGUGACUGUUCCCUGGUUAUCGACAACAUCACACAGGAAGAUGAAGGGCCAUACUAUUUCAGGAUUGAAUUUGACAGGAGGAAUCGUUACAACUAUCUCCCUGUUACAUGGCUCCGUGUUUCUGAUUUCACAGAUAAACCCACGAUACUCGCUGCAGAACUUGUUGAAGGAAAUUCUGUGAACAUAACCUGCAUCUUCAACACCACGUGUGAUGGAACUUCACCCACCUUAACCUGGGUCACCCCCACGGAUGUACCACCAUCAGUCUCAAGCAGUGUAACUCGUUGGAACAACACUCUGACAUAUACUUCUGUCCUGACCAUGACCCCAGCGCCCAAACACCACGGGCAAAGUCUCACCUGCAGAGUCAGAUACCCAUCUGUUUCAUCGGAGCAGACCUUCGCACUAACUGUGCAGUACGUCCCACAGAAUUUCUCAAUCACUUCUACCAAAAGUGUGAACAAUUCCUGGGUGAAUAUGAAGGAAGGGAUUCCUACAUCGAUCCUCUGCUCCGUCCAGAGUUUCCCAGCAUCGAACCUGAAGUGGAGACAUCUCGGUGUUACACUGAACACAACAAGUUCCAGCAAUGAACUGUGGCUGGUGUUUCCUCAAGUGACACCCCAGCAGGCCGGAGACUAUCAGUGUGUGGCAGAGAAUAAACACGGGACAGCGGAGAGGACAGUGACCCUCACUGUGGAAUAUGUCCCACAGAAUCUCUCAAUCACUUCUCCCAACAACGUGAACGAUUCCUGGGUGAAUAUAAAGGAAGGGAUUUCUACAUCGAUCCUCUGCUCCGUCCAGAGUUUCCCAGUGUCUAACCUAACAUGGAGACAUCUCGGUGUCACACUGAACACAAAAAGUUCCAGCAAUGAACUGCGGCUGGAGUUUCCUCAGGUGACCCCCCAGCAGGCUGGAGUCUAUCAGUGUGUGGCGGAGAAUGAACACGGGAGAGCAGAGAGGGCCAUCACCCUCAGUGUGGAAUGUUGGAUCUGA